CCGCUCUAGCCCGAACUCCGAACCCAAACUCCGGAGGUCGAAAUGGCGGCGGAGAAGCCCGUGGCGGUGCGGCGCGCGGAGGAGCUGGUGGAGAGGGAGAUGGCCGGGCGCGACGCGUCCCACGACGCCGCGCACGCGCUCCGCGUCCGCGACCUCGCGCUCUCGCUCGCCGCCGAGGAGGGCCUCUCCGCCCCCGCCCGCCUCCUCACUGUGGAACUGGCCGCUCUCCUGCACGACGUUGGAGAUUACAAGUACACCAAGAACAAUGUGGAGGAUAUGAGUGUUGUCGAGAUGUUUCUUGAAGAGGUAGGAUUGGAGGAAGGGCAGAAGGAUGAAAUAGUGUCAAUUAUUAAGGGGAUGGGAUUCAAAAAUGAAGUUUCAAAGAAGUCUAUUGUUGAUCCCACUCUUGAGUUUGCAAUUGUACAAGAUGCAGAUCGCCUGGAUGCAAUUGGUGCAAUUGGUAUUGCAAGAUGCUUUACGUAUGGUGGGAGCAAGAACAGCGCAUUGUAUGAUCCUAGAAUACUGCCACGUGAUAACUUGUCAAAGGAAAAGUACAUGUCCAAGGAGGAGAAACAGACAUCAAUUAAUCAUUUUCAUGAGAAGCUUUUUAAAUUGAAGGACAUGAUGAAGACAGAGGCUGGCAAAAGAAGAGCAGAGAAAAGGCACAAGUUCAUGGAGGACUUUGUGGCUGAAUUCUAUGAAGAGUGGAGUGGCAGGGCUUGAAGUUGAACAACCAAGUUUUGAUUCUGUGUGAGAGCGUGCAGUUGGCCAACCAUAUCUCAACAACUCACGAUGAUGUCCGUCCACGUGCUGCUGUUGUAUUGAAACGAUACUGCUAAAAUAAACCGACCUGUUACAUCAUCUGAAGCUUCAGCGUUUUGCCAUCAUCACACAUAUGCAAUACAUAUACAAAAGUUCUGUACUCCUGGUACUUGUCUGCACUACAUGUAAACAGAACAAAUUAAUUACUUAUUUAAUAAAAGUAGCACUACAAAAGAGUCGAAA